AUGAGAUCGUCACUAUAUUAUCUCUCCGCCGUUCUCGCCGCGGUAGCCGGCGUGGCAGCUGACUCUGUCAACACCACUGUCUGCAAUGGCAAGACGUUCGUGUACGAGGAGUUGGCUGGCUAUGGAUACCUAGCCAGUGACUUCCAGGACAGGUACGGAGAUAGCGUGAGUCUGGGCUCUUCGAUUGCCCUUGACCGAAAAACAUGGACACAGAAGGGCGAUGUUUAUGAAGGGGUCAUGUACACUGUGCCUGAUCGAGGCUGGAAUACAAACGGCACGCUUAACUUCCAGGGACGAAUCUACAAGCUCAAACUCACCUUGAAGCUCAAAGAAUCGGCCACUGUCGAGAGCCCGUCCGGUCCCAACUUGCGUAUCACUUAUCUGGACAGCAUUCUUCUCCGCGAUCCUCUCGGUCAAUUCGUGACAGGGCUCGACGCCGAUGCUAGCGGCCCAUACCUUGAUUAUUCACGAGUCCCUGGGUAUCCUGAGUUCCCAGAGGUACCGUCGGCAAACUUCACUGGUGACGGUUACGGUGGAAGUGGCAAAGGGGGCUUCAAAAUGUCACUAGAUUCAGAAGGUCUUGUACUCGGCGACAACGGUUCUUUUUGGAUUAGUGAUGAGUACGGGCCAUAUAUUUAUCAAUUCUCUGCCAAGGGUCAUUUGUUGCAGGCGAUCCGUCCGCCAGAUGCCUACGUUCCUGUACGAAACAAUUCAGUCAGCUUCAGUGCCGACAGCCCACCUAUCUAUGACCCAGACUUCGAAGUAUUUCCUUCUGACAAUCCCACCGGUCGAGAUGACAACCAAGGGUUUGAAGGUCUCACUAUUUCUCCAGAUGGCAAGAAGCUUUACGCCCUAACGCAGUCGGCUCUUAACCAGGACGGUGGGCUGAAGAAGAAAGAGCGACGGCAUGCUCGCUUGGCUGUUUACGACCUCACUAAAUCCGGUCCCCAAUAUAGUGCUGAGUAUGUCGUACCGUUGCCCUUUUACAACGACGGCGACAAAGUGGCUGCUCAAUCAGAAAUUCAUUACAUCUCUGAAACGCAGUUUCUCGUCCUAUCCCGUGACUCCAAUUCAGGUCAUGGACAAGACUCAUCCGAAAGUGUAUACCGACACGCUGACGUGUUUGAUAUCUCCAAUGCGACAAAUAUCAAAUCUCCCAGAAACGACGGCUAUAAUGGUACAAUUGCUCCAGCCGGAGUUCUCAACAGCGGCAUCAUCCCGGCGCAGUACUGCCCGUGGCUGGACUUUAAUGUAAAUAGCCAGCUCAACCGAUUCGGCGUACACAAUGGUGGCGAGCAAGAUGCAUGGCUUCUCAAUGAAAAAUGGGAGAGCUUGGCACUAUUGCCCGUCAACCUCAACGGUGGCAAGGAAAAUGAGAAUGAAUAUUUACUCUUCUCGUUUAGCGAUAACGAUUUCAUCACUCAAGAUGGCUACAUGAACUUCGGCCAAUAUCCGUACGCCGACGCAAGCGGAUAUAACCUCGAUAAUCAAGCCUUGGUUUUCAAGGUUAAGUUACCCAAAGGCUCAAAUCCUCUUGUGUGA